AUGGAUAGUGUAACAAUAGAUAUAUUACUGUUCAAUGAUACAAACACGACAUGUUCACAACCUCUUUUAUGGACUCAAACUGUUAUUGACAAUAAAAAAUCUCAACUUUAUGCAUGUAUUAUUGCUUUAGUUAUUCAUUUAAUACUUUGGCUUCAAAUUAUUUUGUGUUCAUCUCUUCGAAAAAAAUCACUUCUAUGGAUCUACUCUUAUCUUAUCACUGAUAUUCUUCUUCUUCUGCGCUUUUUGUUUAGUUAUAUUGUUCAUAUAACAUUUACGGAAUGUGAACCAAGUAGAGCAUGGAUUUUAUUGAUUUGCUAUUUUGAAGCAGUACUUGAUAAUUAUCUCAAUAUAACUGAAGUAUAUAUUCUAUUAGCUUUGAAUAUAUGUCGAUAUGUACAAAUAGUAUACAAUCGAAAUGUAUACCAAGUCCAUAUGAAACUAUUAAUUUUGACUAAAUUUUGUAUCUCUUUAAUACCAUUAAUUAUUUUUAUUGUUGAAUUUCUUUUUGGUUGGGCUCAAAUCAAAGAACGUAUUAGAGAUAGUUGUGACGUACUUUAUAUGAAUAUCUAUAUUCAAGUAUUUAAUAUAACUUUUGGAUAUGCAUUACCAAUGUUUUUGAACGUGCUAGUAAUUUACGCUGGUAUUCGUCAUGUUAAUUUAACAUCAACUUUACGACGAACACAACAUCAUGUUUCAGCUCGUGAAAAAUAUCAUCAUUCAUUAGUCAUUCAAUUUCUUUGUUUUUAUCUUAUUUGGGGUGGACUUUGGUCGCCGUAUACUAUUAUUUCUCAAGUGUCAUUUAGUAAGCAGAAUGUGACAAAUACUGUUGCGCUGCUUAAUUUGAUUCAAAUAGCAUUCGACCCAAUAAUUAUUGCAGCUUUAGAUGUUCGUUUUUGGCAUGAAUGGCAAAAAGUCUGGGUUCGUGUAAAAAAUACUAUAUACUUCAAUCGACCCAAUCGUAGACAAAUUCAACCAUUAACAAUGAAUCUCAAUCGAAUUCAAGUUAAAGCUCCUUAA